AUGCCGCUCUUCCUCGGGCUGGACGCCUCCACCCAGUCCCUCAAGGCCUCCCUCCUCUCCGCCCGCCUCGACAUCCUCGCCGAGUGCGCAGUCCACUUCGACUCCGACCUCCCCGCCUACAACACCAAGGGCGGUGUCCGCUUCGGCCACAAUGGCGAGGUCAACUCCCCCGUCAUGAUGUAUGUCGACGCUAUCGACUUGCUUUUCGAGCGUAUCAAGCGCAAGGGAUGGGACGUCGCCGAUAUCAAAGGCGUCGCUGCCGCCGGCCAACAACACGCCUCCGUCUACUGGAACCGCUCCUCAACCCACAUCCUCUCCUCCGUCGACCCCUCCAACAGCCUCACCUCCCAGCUCCGCGACGCCUUCUCCCGCAUGGUCGUCCCCAACUGGCAAGACUCUUCCACCACCGCCGAGUGCCAAUCGCUCGAAGACGCCGUGGGCGGCCCGCAGGCUUUGGCAGAGAUUACGGGCUCGAGGGCGCAUCAGCGCUUUACGGGUCCGCAGAUUAUGCGGUUCAAAAAGAUCGACCCCGAGGCGUAUGGACGCACGGCCCGGAUCAGUCUUGUUUCUAGCGCUAUCACCACCCUCCUCUGCCUCGACGGGGAGAUCAAAGGGAUCGACGAGUCGGACGCGUGUGGUAUGAACCUCUGGGCUAUGAACCGCAAAGAACGAGGAUGGAGUGAAGAGCUUUUGGAAGUCAUCGGCGGUGGAGCCGAGGGGGCAGACGAACUCGCGAGAAAGUUGGGCACGGUAGAGACGGACGGAGGACGCAUCGUGGGGCAGAUAGGCAAAUGGUUUGUCGAACGAUACGGAUUCAGCCCAGACUGUGCCGUCUUUCCUGGUACGGGCGAUAACCCCGCCACAUUCCUCAGCUUGACUUUGCGAGAGAGUGAAGGACUUAUAUCACUGGGCACGUCCGACGUGGUGUUGAUCUCGACCAACACAUACCACCCCGACGCCGAACACCAUGCCUUCUACCACCCCGCGCAGAUCGCCCCGCCGAGUGAGCAAGAGACUGAGAAGAGGAGCGGCAGCGAGCCCUUGAGGUAUUUCAACAUGGUCGUCUACAAAAACGGCUCAUUGACCCGCGAACACGUACGCGACGUCUACUUUGACAAAUCCUGGGACAAAUUCAACGCUGCCAUCGAACAACUCCGUCCAAAACAGGUUACAGACCUGCCAGCGUCUGCUGCUUUUUGGUGGCUCCUUCCUGACAUUGUCCCCCAAGGCGCCCACGGUACAUACAAAUACACAACCUCCCCCAAAGCCGGCCACCUCUUCGAACUGCCUUCCGCCGUGCGCGUCCAACACUUUCCCGACGUCCGCCAAGAAGCCCUCGCCCUCCUCUCCACCCAGCUCCUCUCCUACCGCUCCCGCUCAUCCACCAUCCUCUCGGACGGCGGGGGCCCUUUCGUAGCGUCGACCCCCGCGCUCGAGAGCCCGGCCCCGAGGGUGGGGCGGAUGUAUGCGACGGGGGGGGCGAGUAAGAAUAAGACGAUUCUGUCGCUUUUGGCGGAUGUGCUGAGUACAAAGGUGUGCCGCAAUGUAGAGUACUUGGACGGCGAAUGGUCGGAUGCGGAGUGGAACUCGUGCUCCGUCGGCGUCGCAUUCAAAGCCCGCUGGGGCUGGGCCCGCGCCAACGCUCAGACCGAAGCGGGCAAAUGGAUCUCCUUUGACCAGGUCAUACAAGAGUGCCGGGCAGAGAGGCGCAAGUUGAGGGGAGGCGAGGGGGAAGAGAAGGAUUUGGAGGAGGAGGGGAUUAGGGUGGUGGCGCAGCCUGGGGAGGGGGCGAGGGCGUUUGAGAGGAGGAUUGAGUGGUGGAAGGGGUUGGAGCAGAAGGCUUUGGAGGAUCAGGCGGCGGGCGAACUGUAG